GGCAGAGCCGGGCUCACCGUGCAGGAAGUGCAGUGCGACCUCUGAGACCGGCCCAGGCCCGACCAACCUACCGCCUAGGCAGCCGCCUGGCCCCGACAGCCGAACCGACCCUUGUGUGCGGCUACGAGAGCCAUGUCAGAGCAGGACCCCAGCUCCCUGCCUUGGUCCAUCAACAGGGACGACUAUGAGCUGCAGGAGGUCAUUGGCAGCGGCGCGACGGCUGUGGUACAGGCUGCUUUCUGCGCUCCCAAGAAAGAGAAAGUGGCCAUAAAGAGAAUCAACCUGGAGAAAUGCCAGACCAGCAUGGACGAACUCCUGAAAGAGAUCCAGGCAAUGAGCCAGUGCCACCAUCCCAACAUCGUCUCCUACUACACGUCGUUUGUGGUGAAGGAUGAGCUGUGGCUGGUUAUGAAGCUGCUGAGCGGAGGCUCAGUGCUGGACAUUAUCAAGCACAUCAUUGCCAAAGGGGAACAUAAGAACGGCGUUCUGGAUGAAGCGAGCAUCGCCACCAUGCUGAAGGAGGUCCUCGAGGGGCUCGAGUAUCUCCAUAAAAAUGGGCAGAUCCACAGGGAUGUCAAAGCUGGAAAUAUCCUCCUGGGGGAAGAUGGCUCCGUGCAGAUAGCAGACUUUGGCGUCAGCGCCUUCCUGGCCACAGGGGGGGACAUCACGCGGAAUAAAGUGCGGAAGACGUUUGUGGGCACGCCCUGCUGGAUGGCGCCCGAGGUCAUGGAGCAGGUGCGAGGGUAUGAUUUUAAGGCAGACAUCUGGAGUUUUGGUAUUACAGCGAUAGAACUGGCGACCGGAGCGGCGCCCUACCAUAAAUACCCUCCGAUGAAGGUUUUAAUGUUGACUCUCCAGAAUGAUCCCCCGACUCUGGAAACUGGGGUACAGGACAAGGAGAUGCUGAAGAAGUACGGCAAGUCCUUUAGGAAAAUGAUUUCUUCGUGCCUUCAGAAAGAUCCAGAGAAGAGGCCAACAGCGGCGGAACUGCUGAAGCACAAGUUUUUCCAGAAAGCGAAGAAUAAAGAGUUCCUACAUGAGCGGCUGCUGCAGAAAGGGCCCACCAUCGCCGAGAGGGGCAAAAAGGUCCGGAGAGUUCCGGGUUCAAGUGGUCGGCUCCAUAAAACAGAAGAUGGCGGCUGGGAAUGGAGCGACGACGAGCUGGACGAAGAGAGCGAAGAGGGGAAAGCAGCCAUAUUGCAGCUUAGGUCUCCACGUGUGAAAGAUUCACUACAAAACUCAGAGCUUUUCCCUGCGACAGAACCUUCCGGAUCAUAUCUUCAGACCCCAGCACAGCCCUCUGCAAAUCUACCUCAGCCAGCUGGGCAAGCUCCGCCUUCCCAAGUGUCUGUCCCGGUUCCUCCUACUGGGCAGGCCACUCUCGCAGCUGCUGCACCUCCUCCUGCGCAAGAAGAACCAAAAGCCGCCAUCAGCUUAGUAUUACGAUUAAGGAAUACAAAGAAAGAACUGAACGAUAUUCGGUUUGAAUUUACCCCGGGAAGAGAUACAGCAGACGGCGUGUCGCAGGAACUGGUCUCGGCCGGCCUCGUAGAUGGCAGAGAUUUAGUAAUAGUUGCAGCCAAUUUGCAGAAGAUCGUGGACGAACCCCAGACACACAGAUCUGUUACAUUCAAAUUGGCCUCUGGAGUGGAUCCUUCCGACAUUCCGGAUGACGGGAAGCUCGUGGGUUUUGCGCAGCUCAGUAUCAGCUAAGCGGCCAUGUUGGCGCCGGCCCAGCCCUUCUCUCGGCCCAAAGGAACCACUACUGCCAAAGAAUGAAUUCCGGCUUUUUUUGGAGCUGUACCGACACGUAUUCUUUUUAAUUUCUCUAGCGCAGUGCGGGGGGGGUCCCUGGGGCCCCCGGGGCUUCGUAUCCAGCGACCGCGGCUCUGCACGCCACGAAAUUAUCAUUCGUUUUUGUUUAUUUUUGUUUGUUUUUUUAAAAAUUCAUGUGAAACGUGCUUGUUUAACCUUUUCAAUGCCAGCGGCCUCAGCGCGACGGCGCGUUGGGGUCCCACCCACCUCGAGGCGCCGUUCUGCCGACGCCGGUUCUGUUGCGUUUGCCUUAUCGGAGUAUACUACUGAGUAGCAAACGGGGGGGGAGGGGCGGGUUCUACCACUCUGAGGUUGGAAAAGGCAAAAAGAGCAGCACAUUCUGUUGGGAUCUGAUUUUUAUUGGCUUUAAUUUAAAAAGAGGAGAGUCUAAAUAAUAAUAAUAAAAAAAAAAGAAAAAAAAA